GGUCGAAUCGGAAGCAGGACCGGGAAAGGGAGGGGGGGGCGUGGACAAGGGAGCCGCCUGGGCGGGCUCCAGAGCUUGGCUUUGGGCGCGACCCGGGGAGGCAGUGCGCCUACCGCUCCCUAGCGCCCGGAGCCUCUGCUGAGGCGAUCUUCGCGGAGAAGAGGCUGUCGGCGGCAUUCGUCCUCUCGUGGCCCCCGCUGCCCGCGUUGCAUCCCCCGAGGGUCCACCUUCCCGCAGGGGCCGGGCGAUGGCGGUAUGGGCAUCGGGGCACCGCGUGCUCCAACUGCUCCUCCUCGUCCCUCUGGUCGAGGGGCGCAGUGAGCCCGGAGGAUUAUCUGAAUCAUUCUUUGUUGCAAAACAUGAAGACAUCUUGUUUAAGGAUUUAUUUCAAGACUACGAAAGAUGGGUUCGUCCUGUGGAGCACCUGAAUGACAAAAUAAAAAUCAAGUUUGGACUUGCGAUAUCUCAGUUAGUGGAUGUGGAUGAGAAAAAUCAGUUAAUGACAACAAAUGUCUGGCUGAAGCAGGAAUGGAUUGAUGUAAAAUUGAGAUGGAACCCUGAUGACUAUGGCGGGAUAACGGUUAUACGCAUCCCUUCAGACUCUCUCUGGACCCCAGACAUUGUUCUGUUUGACAAUGCAGACGGACGUUUUGAAGGCGCCAGUACAAAGACCGUGGUCAGGGCCAAUGGCACUGUCAUCUGGACCCAACCUGCAAACUACAAGAGCUCCUGUACCAUAGAUGUCACCUUCUUUCCUUUUGAUCUCCAGAACUGCUCCAUGAAGUUCGGGUCUUGGACCUAUGAUGGAUCACAGGUUGAUAUCAUCCUUGAGGACCAAGAUGUGGACAGGACAGACUUUUUUGACAAUGGAGAAUGGGAAAUUGUGAGCGCCACAGGGAGCAAAGGAAACAGAACCGACAGCUGCUGCUGGUACCCCUACAUCACAUUCUCCUUCGUCAUCAAGCGGCUGCCUCUCUUCUACACCUUGUUCCUGAUCAUUCCCUGCAUUGGGCUGUCCUUCCUCACUGUGGUUGUCUUCUACCUCCCUUCGAACGAGGGUGAGAAGAUUAGCCUCUGCACUUCUGUGCUCGUUUCACUGACCGUCUUCCUCCUGGUUAUCGAAGAGAUCAUCCCCUCCUCUUCCAAAGUGAUCCCUCUGAUUGGAGAGUACCUAGUGUUCACCAUGAUCUUUGUGACGCUCUCCAUCAUGGUGACCGUCUUCGCCAUCAACAUUCACCACCGUUCUUCCUCCACACACAAUGCCAUGGCACCCUGGGUCCGCAGGGUGUUUCUGCACCGGCUUCCCAAGCUGCUGUGCAUGCGAAGCCAUGUGGACAGGUACUGCACCCCGAGAGAGCAGGCCUCAGUGGGCAGUGGGCCCGGGCCAGCCAGAAGUGCACUGGAGGCUGCACUGGACUCCAUCCGCUACAUCACCAGGCAUGUGAGGAAGGAGCACGCCGUGCGUGAGGUGGUUGAAGAUUGGAAAUUCAUAGCCCAGGUUCUUGAUCGGAUGUUUCUGUGGAUAUUUCUUCUGGUUUCAAUUGUUGGAUCACUUGGGCUUUUUGUUCCUGUUAUUUAUGAAUGGGCCAAUAUAAUAAUACCGGUUCACAUUGGAAAUACAAAUAAGUGAAAUUUCCCAAGGGUUGUGGAAUGAGUUUAGUUAGCAAACACAUCUCUUAUGGCAUCUGUACAAGUAUGAAAAUGUAAAACUGUUUUAAAAUUCAACGCAAGCUGUAGCCAAUUAGUUGUUGGUAAUACUGGUUUAUUUUAGUAGAUUGUCCAUUAGAACAUCUACUUGCAUGGCUAAAGUAAUAAUGAAAAACAGCGACAAAACAGUAUCCAAACUGUCUUAGAGAAAAUCUAAUAUUUUUAUGCUGGCAAAUAAUACUUAUAAGCACCAGUGAAGUUUCAUCUCUGGAGUCUGGGAAAAUUUCAUUUGUAUUUGAAGAUAGAUUUAAAUUUUUUUCAGGAUUUUAUAAAGGUAUGUACUUUUCUUGGUUUUGUUUUUUUGAGAUUGGAUUCUGCUAAGUUGUCCAGGCUGGGCCCAAACACAUGGACUCAAAUGAUUCUCCUGCCUCAGCCUCCUGAGUAGCUGGAACUGUAGGCAUGUGCCACCAUGGCCUGCUAAAGUAUGCAUUCUAAAAUUCUUCUAUCCUGUAUUCACUAACGGGUAAUUUUUAGUAUAUCAUACUGCUAUAUUUAGUAAGUUGACUACUCAGUAAAUAAAUACUUGAUGUGAUGCUUAUAUUCUACAAACAUCUUAAAUAAAUGAACAAUGGGGACUGGAAACUCCUUCAAGGCUUACUUUAUUUUGUAGAUGCUUACAAUGAGUGUUGUACCAACUAUUUUUAUACCUUGCUUUCCACUGUGAAAUCAUACAACAGAUAACUCCUGUGGAUGUGCUACAGGAUAUCCUUCAGCAAUAGGCUAUUCUAACAUUAAUUCCAGUCCCCUUGUCCACAUUCUCCACCAUAAAGAGAGCCAUUUAUAGAACUGUGGUAGUAUCUCUUUAUCCUUGGUCUCAGAACAGUCUACUGCAGUUACACAGAUCCCAUUUUACAAGGAUGUCUAAGUGUAGAUCACUCUAUAAGAAAACCAUCUUCCAAGCUUAAAGAUUGUAUUCCAACUUGGUAUAAUCAAAUUGUUACAUACCUGUAAUGUUUCAAUUUUUUUCAUUCCAGCAAUUAUAGUAAUAGAACCUUAGAAUUGCAAAGGCCUUUAGAUAUAAUCUAGUUUAUGUCUAUUACAAGUAAAGUAUCAGUACAGUACAAUGUAUCACAGGUAAACAGUUAAAUGUCAUCUCUUAAAUGACCCUUACCUAUGACCAGAAAAAACACUGAUAGGAAACUUGCAUUUGAUUUAGAACUCUUAGCUGUUCAGAUAACAAAUGGCUUGUUUAUUAAUGGAAAGUAACCUACCUAUGUUCAAGUCACUACUCUUUGGAAGACAGAAGGGUCCCUGUCCAAUUUACAUUUUAUUAUAGGCCGGCACUUAAGGCUAUUUGGUGAGUAAAAAUUUGUGCUAUAGUUGGAUAAGUGUACCCUGUCACAUGCACCUGCCUCGCCACAGGCCCAAAAUACCAGACUGAAAUCUCUGAAACAGCCAAAAUAUACCUUUCCUCUUUUAAAGUUAAUUAGAUCUCAGGCAUUUUGUCAAAGAGAAGGCUAAUACAGACAAUUAGAGGUAAGAAGUGGGGUUGUUGCUGUGGCUAUUCUUGACAAUGUUUCAGAAACCUUUGGAAUUGGUUUGUGAGAGGAAUUGGGAAAAUUUUGGAUGUCAUAAACUGAACUUAAGGGGCAAUUCCGAGGACUCAGGAGACUAGAAUGCUGAUAGAAAUUUGGACAGGAAAGGUUGUACACAUGAGAUGGAAAUAAGGACACUAUUGGGAAUUAGACACCUUCUAUUAUAUUUUGGCAAAGAAUAUGGAUUCCUUUUGUUCACAUCCUUAGACUGUGGGAGGCUCUCAAGGGUAAUGGACUAGUUUAUCUGGCAGAGGAAAUUUCAAGGUAGCACAGCAUUCAGACUGUAGCCUGGGUGUUGCUGGCUGCUUUUAGGCAGAUUUACAGUGAGAGCAAAAAGUGGAGAGAAAAUAUUUGGAAAACUUAGUUUGGCUGAAGGAGUAUGUUUAAAGGUGGUAUCAAAGAAGGUACAGUUGCUAAACAGAUUAAUGCCAUUAAAAAGAAGCCAGAUACUUUGUACCAGCAGAAGAGGAAAAUGCCUUGAGGGCAUCUCAGGAAUCAGCAAGACCUCACCCACCACAGGCUUAAAAGUGGAAAGGUACAAGUUUGUGUCAAAGACUCUUUAGAGAAAAGAGCCCCAGGAUGCCCUACUUAUGUAGGGCUAACUAGGGAAUUGUCUCCCUGGAAUUCAUUUCUUGUGUUUAGCAGUGGAGCCACUCAGGCCACUGCAGCCAUUGUUCAACUGGACCCGUGGACAGCUUAUGCUGGGGCCUUGGUGUCAUGCAUGUGACACUGGUUUUGCAGGCAUGGAUGCAGAAUACAAGGGCUAUGGAGUCAUGGAUGCUCCCACCAUGAUUUUAAAGGACAACCUGGGAGGCCUGGUGGUAUGUGGCAGGGUCAGAGUCCCUGCAGGAGCCCCUGAGAAGUGACACAUGAACCUGUGAGAUUGAGGCCAACCCUGCAGUGGAGACUGUGUGGGGUGCACCCAGCAAAGCCAUUGGGGCUAGGCUGCCCAUGUCCUUGGAUCCUACAUUUUGCCACUGUGCACCCUGGUUACCAGACAUGGAGACCAUGUUUGCCCUGAAGUGUUUCAGUCUUGCUCUGGUCUGAACCCUCUUUCUGUGCCUCUAUUCCUCCUCUUUGGAAUAGGAAUGUUGACCCUAUUCCAUUGAAUCUUGGAGUAUGUAACUUUCUUUUUGAUUUUCCUAGGAGCUCACAGCUGAGUUUGCCUUGAGUCUUGAAGGAAACUUUGGACUUGGACUUUUAAGCAAUUCUGGAACAGUUAAGGCUUUGGGGACUCUUGAAGGAGGACUAAAUGCAUUUUGCCUUAUGAGAUGGACAUGAGCCUUUGGGUGCCAAUGAUGGAAUAUUAUGGUUUGGACCUGUGGUUUUGGAGGUGCCAUAAUCCAGGAGUGGCCUGGCUUCUCCUUACAAACCCCCUUGACACUGAAUUUUGGCCCGGUGAUUGAGAAUUAUGCAGGAUAAACAGAUGACUUGGAGGUGUGACCCUGAGACUGUGGAAAGGCAGUAAAGAACAAGAAAUGCACUGUAAGAAGUGGUAUGGCGGCAGCCCUGCUGAUAUAGACUCAAACUUCAAGGAGAUUACAGGCUAACCUCAGGCAAACCCCACUCUGAGCUCACAAAUCACUCCUGACCAUCAAGGGUUGCAGAAACAACCCCGCUGUACCCAGGAUGCACACCAGGAUGAAGACCCACAGAAAGAUGCGAUCAAUUACCAUGGCGACAUACUUCCAGUCAUCCUGAAUCUGAAAAACAAAAAAAAAAUCAUGAGAGAA